AUGGCUGUUAUGUUAUGCAUCAUUAUGCCCUGGCUCAAGCCAAAGUCUGUGCAUCGAGCACAAGAAUGGACAACAGAGGUCGAGAACCUCUUCAGGUUUCAGCAGGCAGGAUACAGGGAUGAGCUGGAGUAUCUGCAGGUCCAACACGGCGCCAUGAUUGACAAAUGGCCAGAAACUGGAUUUGUAAGGAAACUUCAGCGUCGGGAUAAUACCUUUUAUUAUUACAGUAAAAAGCGAGAGUGCCAUGAAAGUGAGGUUCAUAAAGUCAAAGUCUAUAUGUAUUAG